UCUGCUCGACCGGACCCUGCUGUGAUCCAUGUGGCUGACAUGAGGCGGCUGGACCAGCACCCGCAAAAGCUCCAGCGGCUUCUCGUUGGCGCCGUCACGCCCACCCUGGUUCUGGUGGUCCUCCUGGGCUCGGGCCGCUGCUGUCCCGACAUGUGCACCUGCACCGGGAACACCAGCGACUGCUCGGGUCUGGAUUUGAUGACCUUGACGCCGCUCCUGCCUACGCUGGAUCAGGACUGCAUGACGCUGCGUCUCUACGGGAACAACCUCUCCACCCUGGUGUCCGUUGACUGGACCAACCUCAGCGGCCUGGAGGUCCUGGAUAUCUCCCAGAACCGACUCUCCGGCCUGCCCUCGGGAGCCUUCUCCGAUCUGGGCAGCCUACGUUGGCUCAACCUGUCCGCUAACCUUCUCGGAGAGCACCUGACCACCGCGAACAUCGACUGGAGCCAGGAGGUGGAGUGGGGCCUGGACAGGGAGGCCUUCAAGGGUUUGCGGUGGCUCCGAGGUCUGGACCUGUCUUCCAAUGCGCUCCCCUGGCUGCCUACGGGCCUGCUGGACGGACUCCAGAGGUUGCGGUGGUUGUCCCUGGCCAGGAACCGUCUGGUCGUUCUGGAGAGGGCCACCUUUGAACCUGUGAGGGGACUUAAGCAGCUCCUCCUGGCUGGGAACCCCUGGCACUGCGAUUGCAAGAUGAGGGCCUUCAAACACUGGAUGGAGUGGAUGCUCUACCGAGAUGGUCUGGUCGACGCCGUGACUUGCAGUCUACCGAGGAGCUUGUCGGGCCGGGAUAUCCGCGGGGUGCCGGCCGAGAUGUUGGCCCACUGCACGCAGAGCUCCAGCGCCAGGGAGUUUGCGUCCGGAGACCCGAGCCGCCCCUCGUGUCCGCCGGGGCGCGACUGCGUGCGGCAGCGCUACCGUCCGCUCAGCGUGCGGCGGGCUCGCGGCACGCAGAUGGUGGCGGGCGUGGUGUGCGGGACGGUGUGCAUCAUGAUGGCGGUGGCGGCCACCUACGGCUGUGUCUACGCCUCGCUCAUGGCGCGCUACCAGAAGCACCUGAACCACCGCGGGCAGCCGCUCAUGGAGCGGUCGGGACCGGACGCCGACCCGGAAGAUGGCCUCCUGCCAGAGGAGACGCCGCCCAAAGAGGCCUGCGUGGUGCACGGCUACCGCAUCAGCAGCUUCUGAUGUGUGCUUGUCCGCCGUCUUCUUCCGACAUCGUCAUGACUCUACUACAAUCUCAAAAUAGUGAUGAUUUGGGAUUAUUUGAUUUGAUUCGUCCUUCCAGCCAUAUAGUCCGUGACAUAAAAGGCAUUCGGGAGUA